GCAGGUGGCCGAGGCUGGCGGGGACAGAGGGGCGGCCUUCUGUCGUGUCCCCGCCCUACUAUCGUGGCGCAGGCGCAGAGUGGGCAGGAGACGAACUUAGGGCGGGGCGGGGUGGAGCCCGAGGGGCGGGGUGGAGGAGGCUCCCCCUCCCUCCUGCCUUUUCCCCUCCCCCUCAGUGGGGCGCUGCCGGUCCAGUCUCAGCCGCUCCUGGGCCCUGGUCGGGCCAGACACCGGACGCCGGACGCCGUUCUACGCGAACGCCCCCGGAGGUUCCCCAGAGCGCGGCGGCCAGCCCAGCCACCCUGCCCCUCUCGGCACUCCCGGGGGUCCCUCUCCCUCUCGGGCCCCCCUCCUCUGGGGCCCCCUUCCCCCGGGCCCCGCGCCUGCGAUGAGCCCAUGGCUUCGUCGCGGACGCCCGGCCCGGCCCGGCCCGCGGAGCCUAGCCACGAGGAGGAGGAGGGGCCGCCGCCGGCGGCGGCGGGGCGGGGGGCCGGCGGUGGCAAAGGUGACGGGGUUCGCGACGGUGACAGCGACCGCUCCCUGCAGCAGAUGCUUCGAGCUAUCGCGGAGGAACGGAGGCGCCUCAGCCUUCGCCAGGAGAUCAGCGGCCUCGGGUGCUUCAAAGAUGACCGCAUUGUCUUCUGGACCUGGAUGUUCUCCACGUACUUCAUGGAGAAAUGGGCUCCGAGGCAGGAUGACAUGCUCUUCUACGUGCGCCGGAAGCUCUCCUACGUGGCGAGUAGUGACAGCCCCAGUGACGAGGGCAAGAAGCAGGUAGAUGUAGAGGUUUACCGACGGGACUCCAAGAAGCUGCCUGGCCUUGGAGAACCCGACAUUGACUGGGAGGAGAGCGUUUGCCUGAAUCUCAUUCUGCAGAAGCUGGACUACAUGGUGACGUGUGCCGUGUGCACUCGCUCCGAUGGAGGCGACAUUCACAUCCACAAGAAGAAAUCCCAGCGAGUGUUUGCGUCUCCUAGCAAACACCCAAUGGACAGCAAGGGGGAGGAGUCCAAGAUCAGCUACCCGAACAUCUUCUUCAUGAUUGACAACUUUGAGGAGGUCUUCUGUGACAUGACUGUGGGGGAAGGCGAGAUGGUCUGCGUGGAGCUCGUGGCCAGUGACAAGAGCGACACCUUCCAGGGCGUCAUCUUCCAGGGCUCCAUCCGAUACGAGGCCCUCAAAAAGGUCUACGACAACCGGGUGAGUGUGGCAGCCAAGAUGGCCCAGCGCAUGUCCUUUGGCUUCUACAAGUACAACAACAUGGAGUUUGUGCGAAUGAAGGGGCCGCAGGGAAAGGGGCAUGCGGAGAUGGCGGUCAGCCGUGUCUCCACUGGCGACACGUCCCCGUACGGAACCGAGGAGGACUCCAAUCCAGCCUCCCCCAUGCAUGAGAGAGUGACGUCCUUCAGCACUCCUCCGACCCCCGAGCGCAACAACCGGCCGUCCUUCUUCUCCCCCUCCCUCAAGCGCAAGGUGCCCCGGAACCGCAUCGCAGAGAUGAAGAAGUCCCACUCGGCCAACGACAGCGAAGAGUUCUUCCGGGACGACGACAGCGAGGACCUUCACAAUGCCACCAACCUGCGGUCGAGGUCUCUGUCCGGGACGGGCCGCUCCCUGGUUGGCUCGUGGCUCAAGCUGAACCGGGCCGACGGGAACUUCCUCCUCUAUGCACACUUAACCUACGUCACGCUGCCCCUGCAUCGGAUUUUAACAGACAUCCUGGAAGUUCGGCAGAAACCCAUCCUGAUGACGUAGCAGCGAGCCCUGGAGAGCCAGCACUGCCCUGGGUCGGUGCUGCUGCCAAGUGCAAGUGCCUGUCUGCUGUGGUUCUCUGUGACACCCAUCGCCAUCACCACCGCCACCACCUGGAGUCCGGAGUCCAGCAUCUGCCCCUGCCUGCCCAGGCUUGCCCCCGGGAAGCCUCUCCGAGAACACCAGCCACCCAAACUGAAGUGCCUCUUUCUCCUUCCCAUCCCCCUGGCUCCUCAUGGGUGCCCAGGAUGCCCUGUCAAGGCUGUGGGUCCAGAAAGGGCCAGGAGAGUGAGAGAAGCCAUGUUGUCCUUGUGCUUCAGACAAUUGGCUACAGAGUUGACUUUCUACCAGAUGAGAACAAAUUGGCUGAACCCAUCGAGGGCCUCCCAGGCCUGGCCUGGACUCCUGCUUUUGGUGACUUGUGGCUCUGCGAAGGGAGGAGUAGAUACGGGAUUCUCCUGCUGCCCAGACCUCCCUGGGGCCAGAAUCUGGCCAGGUUGAGGGUGGCCCCUUUAAGUGCUCUGUGGGAGGGAGUUCCCUGGACAGCCAGUCCCCUCCUGCUUCCAGCCAAAGAAUCCCCACCACCUAUUGGGAGAACUUCUGCCCACUCCAGGCAAGGACUGCAUGAGGGCCUGGAGAGUGGAAUGUGAGGUGGGACGUGACCAGUGGGAUGAUGGCCUUUGAAAAGGCCAGGUUUGCUGUCUUCUAGCCCUUCCCAAGUGGGGAUCCCCAGGAGCUGCAGGUCAGACUUGGAGGCCAGAGCUGGGGGGGGGGGGGGGGCUCCUGCCAUGUACUUAGGGACUUCUCUUUACUCUGACUUUACAAUGGUCCCAUGCACUGAAGCAUGAUGGGAACUGGUGAAGUUGGCCUAGGCAGGGUUGCCAGGGAACAUCAGUACAGCUCAAUGGAGGAAGCGUGAAUUUUUAUUUCUGUUGUUUCUCUUGUAGCGCCAAGGCUUGAAUGUCAUCCAUGACCCUACACAAAGUAGAUCCCCAUGGUCCCCCUGACCAUGGACCCCAUUAUGUUGUCCUGGUGGGGGCAGGUAUUCCCCAGAUCUAUCUGGAAUAAAUCUCCAGAUUGACCUUCCUCCAUUGCUGCCAGUUUGGGAGCCAGCAUGGGGUACAGGCCGGGUGGGGGCUGCUGGUGACAUGUGCCCAAUGAUUCCAGGAACUGACCUUAGUGCAGGUGUUGGGAACACCACAGGCAAAUGACUGAACUUGGUGCCUCAGUUUACCCAUCUGUAAAAUGGGGCCAAUCACCUACCUCAUGGGGUGUCAGUAAAGUGAGAGGGAUGACAAACAGCUCACUCCCAGGGAUGACAACUUCCACACUUUGGUUUAGGGGUUGGAGUGAAGGCAGUUUAUAGGGGCACAUCCAUCAGAAACCCAUCGAGGUAUAUAGUCGAGCUAAAAGGCAUGCCACCAUCUUGAGCCCAGUGCCAAAAGUUUAGGGGCUUCCCAAGUCCAAAGAAGCUCUAAGGGAAGAUCUGGGAGCUCCUGUUGCUUCUCCGAAGAGUUGGCCCUAGGGAGGUUUCAGAUGCUGCCUAGAAUGGGGACUCUUCCCUAUUCCUGGGGACUGCCACAUGUGGGAAGGGCUUGGGUCCUGCAGAGGGUCCAGCUGCAUACAGGAGGAAAUGCACACGCCACCAGCAUUUUAGAGCAGCACUACCAUUACCAGGAGGAGGCCCCAGUUGGGCUCUAGGUUCAAAUCCCAUCUGCAUUCCCUUGUGUGAGUCAGUCCAGCUCUAAAUGCUGUCCUCUCAGGAAGCUUCCCCAGGGGCUCUGUGAGACCACAGGACACCUUCGAGCUCUUGCCUUAAGUACCACAAAAGAUACCCAGUGAACCAGAGUCCUCCAGGAAAUGAGAACCCCUAGAGGCAGCCCCUGCUUGGUGGGGGGGUGGGGCCCAGGGUCUCCUGAACGCCUCCCUUUUUUUAGAGACUUUGUGAACUUGGAGUAAAAACACCCUAAUUGCUGCUUCCUGAAGGAGAGCAGCAUUUCCUGAGGAGAAGUCUGGGCCACAGCUUGAAUUCAGACCGACCAUCCCAGGGCCCUGAACACCUAACGGCCAAGAACAAGAACCUCAUAGCAGCAGGCAGCAGAAUAGGCUUUCUUUCUUGAAAGACUUCUCCCUUCCUGUCAGAUUCCAUUCAGAAGGGUCCUUCAAGACCAUCAUCUUACAGCUGAGGAAACUGAGGCCCAGUUUGAGAGGUGCAGGGGUGGCCCACUGUCCUGUGUGCUCCCCAGUCUCCCAGGGUCCCAUGCCAAGAGUGACUCACCUUGAGGACAGAUAGUGGGGUCUUCUGUGGAGAUGGAGAGGGGCCCAACAUCUGUGGCCUGCAUCCCCCCCAGGAGCCCCAUCCAGCAGAUGGCCAUGACGCUGGGCCUCCAGGUGAAGGUCAAUCACAGUGAGAAUGCUCCACCCCCAUUUUACAUCUAGCUAGACACCAAAUUGGGAAUGAAGGUCUGGGCUGCACAAAUGAGGAACAAACGGAGAACCAAUAUUAUGCGCUUACUGUGUGCCCCAGGGACUUUGGUCAGUGGCCCAGGUCUGGGGCUGGUGGCUGGGAGGGUCUGGUACGUUGAUCCCCUUUCACAACUGCCUGCUGACUGGCGCUACCCCUUUGGAUGUUUUCUCCUGCCAAAUGACCUGGAAUUGGGCCCCAUGGCUGUCUUUCCGGCUCCUGACCUUUCCAUCAGCUGUUCCAUUGAAAAGAGAGGAGGUGGCCCCCAGGCAUGCGGUCAGUUUGGGGAGAUGAAGACAAGGAGUCCCCUCACUUGCUUUCCUCCAAGAAGGGAUCAAGUCUCCCAAGGUACUUGCAGGGGACAGGAGCCCCUGCCUCCAAAGAUGGGCCUGAGGAGGGCCUGGAGCCCAGGCAGAUAGGAGCUGGUCAGUCUGUGUUUACAGUUUUCUAUGCCUUCGAGGCAGUUUGAACCCCCCCAGGAAGAGCAUCCAGUGUGCUGGGCAAGGCACCCCUCACUGGUAGAAAGGGCCCCACGGGCUGGGAAGGUGUAAAUAUCCCGUGUCUGUGUAUUUCCUGAUUCUGUGUCUGAGUCGUCACCCUUGGAAGAACCUCUGUUCCCAGGCUUUCUUCCCUCUAUGCCUCCCUGCUGUCUGGAAAACAUGUUUUUGCAUUCACAAUGUUGGAUUACACUGACUGUGACAUGGG